AUGGAAACGGGGUCAGCUUCUGGGGUCAACCUGGUGGUUCUGGUUCUGGAGCAAUCAGAAAAACAUCCUGGAGACGCGAAAAUAAAACAGUUUAAACUGAUUACAGAACCGUUGGAAUCUGAUGGAGGAACCAACGGAACCAUCGGAACCACCGGAACCAGCGGAACCAACGAAACCAUCGGAACCACCGGAACCAGCGAAACCACCGGAACCAACGAAACCAGCGGAACCAGCGGAACCAACGAAACCAUCGGAACCACCGGAACCAGCGGAACCAGCGGAACCAACGAAACCAUCGGAACCAGCGGAACCAGCGGAACCAACGAAACCAUCGGAACCAACGGAACCAGCGGAACCAUCGGAACCACCGGAACCAACGGAACCAGCGGAACCAUCGGAACCAUCGGAACCAACGGAACCAUCGGAACCAACGGAACCAUCGGAACCACCGGAACCAGCGGAACCAGCGGAACCAACGGAACCAUCGGAACCAGCGGAACCACCGGAACCAGCGGAACCAUCGGAACCACCGGAACCAGCGGAACCAACGGAACCACCGGAACCAACGGAACCACCGGAACCAGCGAAACCAACGAAACCAGCGGAACCAGCGGAACCAACGGAACCAGCGGAACCAGCGGAACCAACGAAACCAUCGGAACCAGCGGAACCACCGGAACCAGCGGAACCAACGAAACCAUCGGAACCAGCGGAACCAUCGGAACCACCGGAACCAACGGAACCAGCGGAACCAUCGGAACCAUCGGAACCAACGGAACCAUCGGAACCACCGGAACCAUCGGAACCACCGGAACCACCGGAACCAACGGAACCACCGGAACCAGCGAAACCAACGGAACCAGCGGAACCAGCGGAACCAACGGAACCAUCGGAACCAACGAAACCAGCGGAACCACCGGAACCAACGAAACCAGCGGAACCAUCGGAACCAGCGGAACCAUCGGAACCACCGGAACCAGCGGAACCACGGAACCACCGGAACCAGCGGAACCAACGAACCACGGAACCACCGGAACCAACGGAACCAACGAAACCAUCGGAACCAACGGAACCAGCGGAACCAUCGGAACCAGCGGAACCAACGGAACCACCGGAACCACCGGAACCAACGGAACCACCGGAACCAGCGAAACCAACGGAACCAGCGGAACCAGCGGAACCAACGGAACCAUCGGAACCAACGAAACCAGCGGAACCACCGGAACCAACGGAACCAUCGGAACCAACGGAACCAGCGGAACCACCGGAACCACCGGAACCAACGGAACCAGCGGAACCAACGAAACCAUCGGAACCAGCGGAACCAACGAAACCAUCGGAACCAACGGAACCAUCGGAACCAGCGGAACCAUCGGAACCACCGGAACCAGCGGAACCAGCGGAACCAACGAAACCAUCGGAACCAACGGAACCAACGAAACCAUCGGAACCAGCGGAACCACCGGAACCAGCGGAACCAACGAAACCAUCGGAACCAGCGGAACCACCGGAACCAGCGGAACCAACGAAACCAUCGGAACCAGCGGAACCACCGGAACCAACGGAACCACCGGAACCAUCGGAAACCAACGAAACCAGCGGAACCACCGGAACCAGCGGAACCAUCGGAACCAGCGGAACCAACGGAACCACCGGAACCACCGGAACCAUCGGAACCAACGGAACCAGCGGAACCAUCGGAACCAGCGGAACCAACGGAACCACCGGAACCACCGGAACCAACGGAACCACCGGAACCACGGAACCAGCGGAACCAACGAAACCAUCGGAACCAACGGAACCAACGAAACCAUCGGAACCAGCGGAACCACCGGAACCAGCGGAACCAACGAAACCAUCGGAACCAGCGGAACCACCGGAACCAGCGGAACCAACGAAACCAUCGGAACCAACGGAACCAGCGGAACCAUCGGAACCACCGGAACCAGCGGAACCAACGGAACCAUCGGAACCACCGGAACCAGCGGAACCAGCGGAACCACCGGAACCAUCGGAACCAACGGAACCACCGGAACCAUCGGAACCAACGGAACCAGCGGAACCAUCGGAACCACCGGAACCAUCGGAACCAACGGAACCAGCGGAACCAACGGAACCACCAGGACGGUUGUUUUGUGA